UUCAUAGGUUACGUUUAUAUACUAAACAAUUUCAUUUUACAUUUCUCGCGCGCCUUUUUCAUACUCUACUUACUUACAUCAGCGCCACCUUUACGUGACAAAAAUGACUGACUUUUUGUAUAUAACACGUAGUCUUCGUCUUCUCUUCACGUAAUCACCACUUCUCUCCUUUCCUAGGUCUUUGUCUACGACUCCAUAACCUAUAAAAGAUUAAAAAAAAUGUGUACAUCUCUACAAGUUUAACUCCCUGUGGUUCAACUGUUACAUUAUAAUUCAUUUAGAAAUACUCUUCAAAUCAAUAAAAUUUUAGGUUAUAUAAAUUCUUAGAAACUCGCAUUGAUGAAAAUGAAGAUGAAUGUAGUAAUAAAUAGGCAGUUGGUGCCUAUGAAAGCACAUUAUUUUUUGUGGAAUGCAGGUACAGGUCCGGUGGUUUCAUACCUGUCCUCUUACGCAAGACAGUUGGGAUUUUCCAGCGUAGUGGUAGGUUUAGUAUAUACAAUUCUUCCGAUAUGUGGCAUGAUAGCGAAACCUGUUUUCGGGGCGAUAGCCGAUCGGUUUCACUGCCAGAAAAAGAUAUUUCUCGUAGCAGAGUUGCUGACAGCCGUCGCUUUCAUAGCAAUUUACUAUUCGCCAGAAGUCCCCACCGAACGGGUUGUGCAUUUCUCCUGUAGCGAUAGCGAGGCAGUUUUUAACACCUACCCAGGCAACACAAUCGACGAAUGUACGCUUGCCGAGAUACAGUCGAAGCAGUCACUGGAGAGUUGUAGGCUAGAUUGCGAAGCGAACGCUACUAUCUGGAACACAAUUUGCACAAACUGGGACGCGCAGGAGUACUGCGACCCUUCUAAACAAACGGACAGACUAACAUUUACCGCACAGGUGCCGCCAUCUUACACCCAAAUCUUCAACGGCACGGCAAUAUUCCGAGUGGGGAACGUGUCCCUGCCAAACUCGGACUUUGUCAAUCCUAUAUGCCCCAACGAGAGCAUAUCGACUUCGUGCAACAUAGACUGUACGGAUUACAACAUAAACGAUGUGAUCGGGGUAACGGGUGUUGAAGACAACGUGGCCUACGGGUUGUACCAGUUUUGGCUGUUUCUGGCGCUCAUGAUAGUUGGGUGGGUGUCGCAGGCGGUUGUGGUGUCUAUCGGGGACGCAAUCUGCUUUGAGAUGUUGGGUGAUAAACCGAACAGAUAUGGAUACCAACGGUUAUUUGGGUCCCUGGGAUGGGGUAUAUUGGCGUUAAUAACCGGCGUGAUUAUCGAUGCUCUUAGUCAGGGCCAGUCGCAAAAGAACUAUGUCUCGGCUUUUUAUAUGGCAGCAGCGUUUUUAGUUUUGGAUUUCUUGGUUUCCUUCAAGCUAGAGUACAGUCAGAAAAAGCUGGCGGCGAACAUACUACGAGACGUCGGCCGACUUCUCGUCGACGUCCGCAUAAUCGUCUAUUUAAUCUGGUGCAUUAGCGUCGGCAUGUGCACUGGCCUCAUCUGGCAGUUCCUGUUCUGGCUGAUCGAGGACCUUGCCAAAGCCCAAGGCUGCGAAGCGAUGAACACAGUAAAGACGCUGCAGGGAAUCGUAGCGGCCAUUCAGUGUCUGGGCGGCGAGCUGCCCUUUUUCUUCCUUUCGGGGUGGAUAUUGAAGAAGAUCGGACACGUUCAGACCAUGUCCCUCGUCCUGCUGGUUUUGGGCAUAAGGAUGGUGUUGUAUUCCGUAAUCGAGAACCCCUGGUGGAUUUUGCCGGUGGAGUUCCUACACGGUUUGACUUACGGGUUGUUCUUCGCUUGUAUGGCGUCUUACGCGAGUAUAGUCGCUCCCCCUGGGACGGAGGCCACCAUGCAGGGGAUGGUGGGGGCCGUUUUCGAGGGCCUCGGAGUGUCCUUGGGCAGUUUCUGCGCCGGCCUGGCUUACAAUACCUACAAGGGUCUGACUUUUAGGUACUUUGGGUACGGAUCUCUCGUCAUGUUCGUCUUACAUGCUGGCGUUCAGUACUUACUGAAGUUGAAAGACGUCAAAGCAAUGUACGCUCCACCAAAGGAUGCCCUAGAAAAAAUACAAGAGGACGACCAGCAAGAACUCACAUUGGUUGACUCGUAGCAAAAUAAAUUUAUACUUGACAAUGGCAGAUCUAGGUAAAAUAGCAGAUUACAAGGGAAACUUUUUUGGGUUUAUUGAUCCAGGUGAAUAUUUUUUGAAAUAGUUUUUGGAUUUUUUUUUCUCUUGGUAGUAGCAUCUAGUAGCAUUUGGAAUAAGUAAAUUGUAGGUGGAUCUUACAGUUUUGAAGGAUAUAUAAGUAUUUAAAUGUUUGUGGAAUUAUAUUUUUGUAUAAACGUAUAAAAAUAACAUUGCUUAAGAACGAAGUGUCGAAAAAAAAAUUUCCAACGAAAAUUGUCGACUUUUGACAGGAUAAAUGCAGCUAAAAUUUUGUCAGUUAUUCCUAGGACACCCUGUGCAGUAACGAUUGAGUAUAGCAUAUAAAUUUUUAGCAGUUUUGCGCGCGGGCAAUAUUUGGCGCCCAACGUGGGGCUUAAAUUUUUUGUGUUAAAAACAUUCAAAAUAUAUACAGAAAACUGUCAACGUGCCUAAUAUUGUUAUUUAUUAAAUAAUUAAGCGGCUCUCUCUGAAUAGCAAAAUAUGACACUGAAAAAUGAGAAAAAAAAUCAACAUACCUAUGUCUAAUAAUACAAGCAAACAUAUUGCCCCAACUGUGAUUCUCUAGGUCUGUCGUUGCCAACUAGUAGGUAAUUUCUUACAAAGCAGGUGCUUAUGUUAUUAAAAUAUUAAGUACUUAUGUUGAUAAAAGGCCUGCAUUCUAAAGAUAUGGCUUAAUCCAGAACAAUUAAACCAUAUCUUUAUACAAUGUUGUAACUCGAUUGUUCUAUUAUCCUUUAUUUAUUUAAAUAAUUAUUUGGGCCAGACGAUGCAAUUGUCUCUAAAUAGUAUUGUGACUGUCUCACAGUUGACGCUGUAGGAUUGAUUCCUCGUAGAUUGUGAUAGUAAUCGUUUUUAAGACUGUGAAUAUCAAAGAUGGCCGAGUACACUCUCUGAGAUUAGAUUUGAUCUGUUUGGUUUUUCAAAGAUUAAUUUAUCUGAGAAAAAAAUCCUAUCUAUAGUUUAAAUCGAAUUUUUUAUUGUUAUUUAUUUAAAUGUAAGUAAUACCCGGACUUAAAUUCAAAAAGUGAGAACAAUCUCAUUAAAAAUUAACCUUUUAAUUUAGACAAAUACAAGAGUUAUCACCGUUACUUUCAUUCACACAAGCUAUCACUCGGUGUAUCUAUAAUUGUGCUUGCCGUUGGAAUUGAGCAUUUCCGUGAAUAAAUUUCAUGGCAUUUUUUACGAGUUCACAUAAUUCGUCUAUUGUGUAAACUCCAAACUAAAAAUCGCAUGGACUACAGUCUGGCGACCUUGGAGGUAGUGAAAUUUAAUGAAGAUUCGGAAAAUGUACUCUUGGGAUGGUCUUGAGACACCUAAUACGGAUAAAGUUGAUUUUCACGUAAAUUCGUAUGCACUUUUUUACGAGACGCUUUGACUUGCUGGAUCUUCCUCAGUGAUGUGUAAAAUAUCUUCUACUUGCAUUUUAAGGUCUUCAGGCACGUUCCUUGCAGAUGUCCUGCUUCUUAAACAUUUCGAACAACAUAAACAAACCUACUAGUUGCGGGAUGAUAUCGCAAAUGAAACACUCGGCGUACAAUAGCGAUGCUACGGCAGCAUUUUGACAACACUCCCCGUAUACUAAUAUAUCAAUUGAUUCAUCACUGCUGUAAAUACGUUUAAAACCCGAAUCUAAUCUCAGAAUUUGUAACAAAGAGCGAAGUCAGUAUUUUCUUACCUGUAGCGUACUAAUUCUUUUUUUUUUUUAAUGAGGUUGGAUCCUUCUCGGAUAUUUUUUAGUUGAUUUCUUUUCUGUUUUUGGGGGGGAAAUAAAUUAUUAGAAAAAAUA